CCCCCAUGGAGCCCAAAUCUUCUCACAAUCUACAAUAAACCCCCAUUUUCUCUUAUAUUACAAAUAUGCCAUCAGACCAUAGUCACGGUCACCGUCAAAGAAGCAAAACCCACGUUUGCAUUUGCCUUGCGCUGCAAAAACGGAAUCGCAUCUGAGAGAGAAAAGAAAGGGAUAAAGUAAAGAAUAAACAUUGCCUCCCUCUCUCUCUCUCUCUCUCUCUCUCUCUCUCACAGCUAACCGUUCUCCUCCCCUCCACCACUUUCUCUCUCUAUACAUACAAGCAGGCUGUAUCUAUUCAUAUUUUAUAUAGAAAGAGAAAGCCAAGUUAGUGAUGGCAUAAAGCUUCUCAUCUCCUUGCCUUUUCAGUUCCCUCUCUCUCUCUCUCUCCUAUUGAUUACACAUUGUCACUGUUAUAGUUGUUGAGCAUCUGAAAUAUAUAUAUAUAUAUAUACAUACAUAGAGAGAGAGAGAGAGAGAGAGUAUUUUCAUAUUUUUUUUUUCUAGAGAGAGAAAGUGAGAUAGUUGGAAUGGGGAGUUCGGGGCAGGGGCAGAGCAACUACGAUCUGUCGUUUAAGAUCCUGCUAAUCGGAGAUUCAGCUGUCGGCAAAAGCAGCUUGCUCGUUAGCUUCAUUUCUAAUUUAGUUGACGAUCUUUCCCCUACCAUAGGUGUGGAUUUUAAGGUGAAGUUUCUCACAGCUGGUGGGAAAAAAUUGAAGCUUACAAUCUGGGAUACAGCUGGACAAGAGAGGUUCAGGACAUUAACAAGCUCGUAUUACAGAGGUGCACAUGGAAUAAUUCUUGUUUAUGAUGUAACAAGGAGAGAUACAUUUACAAACUUAUCCGACGUAUGGGCAAAAGAACUGGAUUUGUACUCAACUCACGAGGAUUGCAUCAAGAUGCUCGUUGGAAACAAAGUUGACAGAGAAAAUGAACGAGUUGUGAGUAGAGAAGAGGGGAUGAGCCUGGCAAAAGAACUUGGAUGUCUAUUUUUCGAAUGUAGUGCUAAAACUCGAGAAAAUGUGGAGAAAUGCUUUGAAGAGCUGUCGCUCAAGAUAAUGGAGGUGCCGAGGCUACUGGAAGAAGGAUCAACGGUGAGCAAGAGAAAUAUCUUAAGACAGAAGCAAGAAAAUCAGGCACCUCCGAGUGGUGGUUGUUGUUCGUAGAAAGACACAUCACAUGCUGUCUUAAUAUAUACGGUGAAUCUCUCUCCGUAACAUUUCAUGUUCGAAAUCUGUAAAUGAUAGUUUCGUUUCUUUGUUUCCAUACCUGAUGUUGUGCUUGAGAGGCACCAGGUAAAUGUGAUGUUUCUCUCUACUGAUGAUGCUCUAAUAUUGUAAAGUUGUUGGGCUGUUUGGUAUUCUGAUCUCCAUUAUUUCUGUUGAGAAUCAAGACCUAAUUCUAUUGUAACAGGGUGAUUUUAUCUGAUCCAUUAUUUGGUUUUUAUUAU